UCGCCAGCAGCAACCUCCAGGUGCAUAGUUCAGGCAGCAGGAGGGGACACUGCCGGCUGCAAUGGCGUCCAACAUGGAUAGAGAAAUGAUACUGGCUGAUUUUCAGGCAUGUACUGGUAUAGAAAAUAUUGAUGAAGCUAUCACCUUACUUGAACAAAAUAACUGGAAUUUAGUGGCAGCUAUAAAUGGUGUAAUACCGCAGGAAAAUGGCAUUUUACAAAGUGACUACAGUGGGGAGACUGUACAAGGGCCAGCCUAUGGUCCUGCUAGUCAUCCAUCAUCCUCGUCUUCGACACCUUCCUCGUCUUCUGCAUUUCGCCAUGUUGUGCCAUCUAGACAAAUAGUGGAAAGACAACCACGAAUGCUUGACUUCAGGGUUGAGUACAGAGAUCGAAAUGUGGAUGUGGUACUCGAAGACAGUUCUACAGUUGGAGAGAUCAAACAUAUUUUAGAAAAUGAACUUCAGAUUCCCACAUCAAAAAUGUUGCUAAAGGGCUGGAAGACUGGAGACGUAGAUGAUAGUACUGUUCUAAAAACCCUGCAUUUGCCAAAAAACAACAGCCUGUACGUCCUAACACCUGACUUGCCACCACCAUCUUCAUCAAGUCUCCCUGGUGCCCUGCAGGAAUCAUUAAAUCAAAACUUCAUGCUGAUCGUCACCCAUCGAGAAGUCCAGCGGGAGUACAACCUCAACUUCUCAGGAAGCAGUACCAUUCAGGAGGUUAAGCGAAACGUGUACGACCUGACUAGUAUCCCUGUUCGUCACCAGUUGUGGGAAGGCUGGCCUGCUUCUACAGAUGACUCAAUGACUCUAGCAGCAUCAGGGAUCUCUUAUCCUUGCCACCGACUUAUAGUUGGAAGACGAUCUUCACCAGCACAAACCAGGGAACAGUCAGAAGAGCAAUGCACAGAUGUACAUAUGGUUAGUGACAGUGAUGGAGAUGACUUUGAAGAUGCUACAGAAUUUGGAGUGGAUGAUGGAGAGAUGUUUGGUACAUCUGCAUUGAGAAAAUCUCCAAUGAUGCCAGAAAAUGCUGAAAAUGAAGGAGAUGCCUUAUUACAAUUCACAGGAGAAUUUUCUUCAAGAUACGGUGACUGCCACCCAGUAUUUUUUAUUGGGUCAUUAGAGGCUGCUUUUCAAGAGGCCUUCUAUGGGAAAGCUAGAGAUAGAAAGCUUCUUGCUGUCUACCUCCACCACGAUGAAAGUGUGCUAACCAAUGUGUUCUGUUCUCAAAUGCUUUGUGCCGAAUCUAUUGUUUCCUAUCUUAGUCAGAACUUUAUAACCUGGGCAUGGGAUAUGACAAAAGAAGCAAAUAGAGCAAGGUUUCUAACAAUGUGCACGAGACACUUCGGUAGCGUUGUAGCUCAAACUAUUCGAACUCAGAAGACAGAUCAGUUUCCACUCUUCUUGAUUAUUAUGGGGAAACGGUCGUCAAACGAGGUGCUGAAUGUAAUACAAGGUAACACAACAGUGGAUGAGCUAAUGAUGAGGCUGAUGGCUGCAAUGGAGAUCUUCAGUGCUCAGCAGCAGGAAGACAUAAAGGAUGAGGAUGAACGUGAGGCCCGAGAGAAUGUGAAGAGAGAACAGGAUGAAGCUUAUCGAAUUUCUCUUGAAGCUGAUAGAGCAAAGAGGGAAGCACAAGAAAGAGAAAUUGCAGAGCAGUUUCGUUUGGAGCAGAUUAAGAAAGAACAGGAGGAAGAACGUGAAGCUAUUAGGCUGUCUCUAGAGCAAGCUUUGCCUCCAGAGCCAAAAGAGGAGAGCACUGAAUCACUUAGUAAACUGCGUAUCCGAACACCCAGUGGAGAAUUCUUUGAGCGACGCUUCCUGGCCAAUAGCAAGCUGCAGGUCGUCUUUGAUUUUGUAGCUUCCAAGGGAUAUCCUUGGGAAGAAUUCAAGCUACUAGGGACUUUCCCCAGGAGAGAUGUGUCCCAGCUGGAUCCAAAUAAAUCAUUACUGGAGUUAAAAUUGUACCCUCAAGAAACACUUUUCCUAGAGGCAAAAGAAUAGAUGAAGCCAGAUUGGAGGACUUAGUAAUCCUUUGAUAACGAAUAAGGCACGGCGAAUGCUUUAUCCAAAUCACCGUGUACUAUCAUUUAACUCAAAAAUCAAUGUCACAACUCUGCCUCUUUCAAGAAGCCGGGAAGAAAGAAUAAACAUAGAUCCUUAAAAGUUUCCCAUACAUGAGUAUAUGUUUCCAACCUCAUUUAAACGAGCAGAGAAAAAUACUCUGCUGUAAACACUGAACACUAUGACUCUGUUGCUCACUUACCAUCUGGCUUUUGUUAUAAUUAAUGCACUGUUAAAAUGUGAGUGAUUGUCAAGUAGAAUUUUUACUCAAUUACCCCCUUUUUCACCAAGAAUUCUUGGACAUUUCUGCCUGUACUUUUGACACUAGAAUACUGUAUAUUUGAUAUCUCGCUGAACCAGUGCUCUCAUACAUGUGCAUUUUCUUCCUGUGUUUGAAUUUCUACUUCACCACCUAAUUUUUUUAAAAAGGCAGAAAAUCAAUAAAUGGGACAUUUUCAGCCUUGGAGAUUUAACAGUAUUGUAGUAGUAGAAAGCAGAGACUUUUUUUGUUGGUACUUUCUGACUCCUUUCAUAAGAUGUAAGGUUUUGUUUGGAGAAUAUAGUUUGACAUAUAUGCAAGAUAUUUAUUUACUGAUUUUUAUUUUAUUUUGUUUUGUUUUGUUUUGGAUCUCAGUUCAGAUUCAGUUUAGGGAGUAUUUUCCAUUAUACUGCAGUGUGCCGAACUGCUGCUGAUGUGAAUAUCUAAAUAAUGUUCAGAAAUGGGCCAGUACCAAAUAACUGGUAUUUAGCUGAUAGUUCAAGAAUAAGCUGAUAUAACUACCAGCUUCUAAAAAAUGUUACAAAAAGCAGACACAAAAGUCUUUUGCUCAUCAUUGUGGAAGAAAUUACAGGAACCCCCCCACCCCACCCCACCCCAUCCUUUUUUCUUUCUUUUUUCUUCCUUUCAUUCUGGCACUUGUUUGUAUUUUUUUCCUGCUGUUUUUAAGCACCUUGUUUAUUUCAGCAAACAAUAAAAAUGUAAAAUUACAGUGUA